AUGAAUGUUAAUAAGGAGGGGGAGGGUUCACGUUACCCAAUCACUGAUCGAAACACCGGAGAUACGAAAUUUGAUAGGGUUGAGAGUCGGACAGAGAAGCAGAGUGAAGAAGAUAAAGUUAAUGGAAUCACUAUGGAUGUGAGAAAUGGGAGUCCAGGCGCUGGGCAAGGCUCUGCUGGACUGCAAAUUCCACUCUCGCAACAAACAUCAGCAACUGUUUGUUGGGAAAGGUUUCUUCAUGUGAGAACCAUUAGAGUUCUUCUUGUGGAGAAUGAUGACUGCACUCGUUAUAUCGUUACUGCUCUUCUUCGUAAUUGUAGCUAUGAAGUUGUUGAGGCUUCAAAUGGGAUACAAGCUUGGAAGGUGUUAGAAGAUCUAAACAAUCAUAUUGAUAUUGUUCUAACAGAGGUGAUCAUGCCUUACUUGUCUGGUAUCGGUCUCUUGUGCAAGAUUUUGAACCACAAAUCUCGUCGGAACAUCCCUGUCAUCAUGAUGUCAUCUCAUGACUCAAUGGGGCUGGUCUUUAAGUGCUUAUCGAAAGGAGCAGUUGACUUUCUUGUUAAGCCAAUAAGAAAAAACGAACUUAAGAUCCUUUGGCAGCAUGUUUGGAGGAGAUGCCAAAGUUCUAGCGGUAGUGGAAAUGAGAGUGGAACGCAUCAAACUCAGAAGUCUGUGAAAUCAAAGAGUAUUAAAAAAUCUGAUCAUGAUUCGGGAAGCAGUGGUGAGAAUGAAAAUGGGAGCAUUGGCCUGAAUGCUAGUGAUGGAAGUAGUGAUGGGAGUGGCGCUCAGAUUGAUUUUGAUAAUACUCCUUUUACUCAGAGCUCUUGGACAAAAAAAGCUGUGGAGGUUGAUGAUAGUCCACGAGCGGUAUCUCUAUGGGAUCGAGUCGAUAGUACUUGCGCCCAAGUAGUACAUUCUAACCUCGAGGUUCCAAGUAAUCAGUUGGUUGCAGCACCUGCUGAUAAGGAGACCCAAGAACAGGAUGAAAACUUUGGUAGGGAAAGGAAGCUGUGA